AACAACAGACUUUCGAAAGGUGCACCGCCAUGGUUCUGCUCCGGCAACCUUGCGUCUUCUCGGGAAAAUUUUCUCAAACUUUCUCCCUUAUUUUUCGCGAUUUAAAAACCCCGAGAGCCGGCAGCCGCGUGGCCAUGGAUCCCGUCGAGAGUGCGAAGAAAGCCGCCGCAUUUAAGGCCGUUGACACACACAUAAAGAAUGAUGACAGAGUAGGCAUAGGCAGUGGAUCAACUGUAGUUUAUGCAGUAGAAAGAUUAGCGGAACGAGUCCACAAAGAUGGCUUGAAGGUUGUCUGUGUCCCCACGUCCUUCCAAGCUCGCCAGCUCAUUGUAAACAAUGAUCUGACUCUCUCUGAUCUUGAGAUAACUCCUGAGUUGGACGUGGCAAUUGAUGGUGCUGAUGAAGCCGAUGCCAACUUGACGCUGAUCAAAGGGGGUGGAGGAUGCCAGCUGCAGGAGAAGAUUGUGGCAGCUGCGGCAAAACUCUUUGUGGUGAUCGCAGACUACAGGAAAGAUUCGUCAUUACUAGGAGAGCAGUGGAGCAAAGGGGUCCCCAUUGAAGUGGUCCCCAUGGCGUAUCGACCCGUUCAGUUGAAGAUCGAGUCGAUGUUGGGGGGAAAGGCUCUCCUUCGGCAGGCAAAGUCCAAAGCUGGUCCAGUGGUGACAGAUAAUGGUAACUUCAUCCUGGAUUGGGUAUUUGACGACAAACACAACUGGAGUGAAGUUAAUCAGCAGAUCAUGAUGAUACCUGGUGUUGUUGAAACUGGCUUAUUUGUGAACAUGGCCAAAAUUGCAUACUUUGGAAUGCAGGAUGGUUCUGUUAAGGAGCGCGCUGUUUAGAUGACUCAAGAUGUUGAUAAAACUGUGGAGAGAUGAUAUAGAAGUUGCAAACAUUCCACUUAACUUUAUUUGUAAUGAUGGGGUUUAUUGGACACAUGUUGGAUCAGAUUAGGCUUUUUUUCUUCCUUUUUCGUAAAUGCAAAAAAGGAAACAAUGUGUAUAUGAUAUGUCCCUAUGGUAAUAUAUGUAUUAGCAUGGAAAUAAAGGUAAUCCAUGACAGUAUAAAUGCAUUAUCACUUUUUCAGUCAGUUUUAUGUUUCUUUAUGAAUUUGAGGCUUUGUGAAAGUAUCAUUUGCAAAUGGAACACUUCCCAGAUGGAGAUGGUAGCGACCAUUUCUGUCUGACUAAUUUCUGUCUUGAUCUUCUGCUUUGGAGGAUCUAUACAACUAGUAUGUAUUUUAUAGAUAGAUUGAUAUAAGUUAAUGUAAACAUCAGUUAAUAUUGUAAAAUAUUUGUUUGUUUACAUGGGUAUAAUGCUUGCUUUCUUGGUAAUGUGAUAGGGUCAGUCCAUUUGCAUGCAGAAAAUUCAUAUGGCAAUGCAAAAAUUGUCAGAGAAAGUGCUAGUGGGAUAGGGCCUUAAGAUAUUUUCAAACUUGUUUUUUUCAUGCUCUUGUACACAUUGUUAAGCCUGAAUAUGGAAGAGAGUGUAUAGAAAUCUCAUUGUUUUGUGUUAAGAUGUUCAAUACAGAAAAGACAGGUAUAUGAUAUGCAUAUAUUUUUUGUGUGGUAAAUGUUUAUUGUUGCUUUUGUUUUAGCUUUAUCCACAAAUAUAGAACUGAUCAUGAUACAUAUUAGAAUCUGAACACCUCUUUUCUUUGUUCAUGAGUAGCAGAUGAAAUGUUUUAUGUCAUAAAUCUUUGUAAAGAAAUACAUACAUUGUAUAUAUAUAUGCUAUUUAUGACUAGUUCCUUCAAUGCAUGUUAUUUUGAAUAUGAAACUGUAUCUUUGAAGUUUGUUUUUGUACCACAGAAUAAAUAUAACAUU